CCAGAGUAAACAGUGACUGGGGCAGGAGAACAGGAGAAGGUGGAUCGAUGCUCGCGAAUGUAUCAUAGCAUUUAUUUUCUAUAAGAGAGACUAGAAUUGCCAGACGCUGCAAGAAAUGGACUCUGCCAAGAGAAGUGAAAGUGACUGGCAAGGUUUAGUGAACGAGUUCUUGAUAUGCAAACGCAAGCUGGAGAGCAAGAAGGAUGCCCUUCUCAUUCUUUCCAAAGAGCUGGACAGUUGUCAACAGGAGAGAGACCAAUACAAGCUGAUGGCCAACCAGCUUCGAGAGAGACACCAGGGCUUAAAGAAGAAAUACAGAGAACUAAUUGAUGGUGAACCUUCACUUCCACCAGAAAAGCGCAAUCAGGUCGUUGUAUUCUCUUUCUCUCUGGCUUCCUGUCUUUCUCUUACUCAGGUGAAUUUGGCGCAGUUGUUGAUGAAUUCACGGGAGAGGAAUAAACAACUUUCAGAAGAGGUGAAGGAGCUCACUCAGAGACUAAGUGAGAUUCAGGGAGACAAUAAGCUUUUAAGAAUGACUAUCACAAAACAGAGGCUUGGGGAUGAUGAAGUUGGAGUGAGACAUUUCCCUGUUCAUGAGCGAGAAGACCUGGUCAGACAACUUGAAAAGGCAGCACUGCAGAGAGAGGAGCUUAAACACAGUCUUAAGACAGUGAGCGAUGAACUGCAGGAUAUGAAGGCAGAGAGGACUGUGUUCAAGGAAAAGGCUGAACGUCUCAACCGUGAGCUGAACCACAUUCUGGGUGGCCAGGAGAGACGUAUCAUUGAUGUGGAUGCCCUAUGCAUGGAGAACAAAUAUUUACAUGAGAGAUUAAAACAAGUUCAAGAGGAGGUCCUCCUUUUGAAGAGUAACAUACAGAAAUAUAAGACAGAUUUGGAUCGAAGAAGAAACUCAAAAAUAGGGAGCAAGUCUAACAGCAGUGCUCUUACAGGAGUCCUUUCUCCUAAACAAGUGCAGGAGUUGUUGUCAGAGGAAAAUGCUCGCAGUCUACCAGCCACACCUCAGUCUAUUUCAGAUCUGAAGUCUUUAGCAACAGCCUUACUGGAGACCAUUCAUGAGAAGAACAUAGUCGUUCAACACCAGAAAAAGACCAACAGAAUUCUGGGAAAUCGAAUUGCUGAUUUGGAAAAGAAGUUGAAGACACUGGAAGUUUCUGGACUUUGGAGUCUCCCAGGAGGCAGAGAUGCCAUCACCCUGUGUGAGAGCCAGUAUCCCGCCACCCCUUCCUCUUUUGGCCUUCCAGAUCAGCCAGAAGCACCUGAAACAACUAAUCCACGGCCUUCUACAGAUGACAGGACAGGAAGAGGAUUGCCAUCGCUAUGGGGGCAGGACACAGCUGGCAAUGACAGCUUCCCGAACAUGUGGCAUGGCUCCCACACCUGUCCAAAUGGAGGUGGAGAGGAGGUGGACGCACCUGUCACCCCUGACAAUGGGGAAGAGAUCAUUUUAUGUGGGACCGAAAUUGUGAGACAGACUAAUGGGCUGGUCAGGACUGAAGUGAUGGAAGGUCCCUGCUUAGAAACGGGUCCCAGACCUGUCAAGGAGGGAACCCCAAUUUUAGAGUAUUUAGAGGAAGAAAAUGGGGAACGGUGUCUGGUAGUGGAGAAGGGUGAAGAUGCAGCCUUGGCUCUGGCGACAACUCUGUCUCAACUCAAAUUGACACCAAAUGCUUCCAUUACUCUUGACCAAACAGUGAGUGAAAAUGUCAACUCUCAUACUGCUGGGGAAGUGCCAAAACCUAGCUUUGAAAAUAUUUUGGAAGGUACCUCAUUAAAUAUAACCUCCAUAAAGAAGCAGUCUGUUGAGUAUAGUAACUCUUCUCUUCUGCAGGGGUGGGAACUGGGGUGUCAAUUAGGAGAGACUGACAUGGACCGCAGUCAAAGUGUCGCCUGAACAACAAACAAGCUCCUCUCUUUCAUUAGAGAUUACAAGUUCCUUUCUUUUCAGAUUAAUCUGCUUUAAUGUGUUUAUUAUUGCCUGGAUCUGCAUCAAUUACAAAGCAGCUGAAUUAAAAAUUAGUGAUUUGUGUAUUUUGUGGCUAAAUUUUGGUCUAUUGCAGAUCAAACUAUUUAACUCUCAAGGCUGAAACAUACUUUACACAAAUAUGCAUAUGCAGAUAUGAACGCUUGGCCACUGCAUUAUCAGUACAUGUUCUGGUUGAACAUGCUAAACGUGCGUUUUUGCGUUACCAAGCCGGAACAAACCUCAGUACUCAAGAGGGCGCAUAUAGUUAUCUUCAAAAGUCUGUGCCAUUAAACUUGCUGUGUUAAUAUUCUGCCAAUUUUUAUAAAUAUAUUGACUUCAACUUAAUUGUUCAGCAAUAAUCUCUUCAAAUUGUUGCUCUGCCAUAACAAUAAUUGGCUAGAAAGAGAAAACGCAGCUGAAGCGGCAGUUCACUGUAAUCUCGCAAUGGCAAGGUCGAGAAUGCAACACAUACUUGCGUUGUGUUAUUACUUCUGGUCUCACACAUUCUGUAAUGCUAUUUUGUAAUGCACAUACUUGUGAGUAUAUUUAGUUAUAUUUUAUUACAUUUAAUAAUCAAGUACCCCUCACAUGACAUAAAAGUUGUGUUUAUUCCCAUUUUUACCAUAUCAGAUUUCGUCACAAUGUACACCGUAGAAAAUUAUGUGCUAAAUUUACUUAAAAUUUAGUGCUUCAUUUUUGAAAAUGACAAGUGUAUUCCACUUGGAAGUUUUUUUUUUAUAUUACUUAAAAACCUUAGUUGCCAAUGCCCAAAUUGUUUAGUUCCUAACAAAUGUUUUCACUGCAAAAACUGCACCACACCUCUUUUUCACCCUAAAAUCUAGGUUUACCCCACUAUAUACAUUUGAAGAUCAUUCAGGUCUGCUUACCCAAAAGCAUCGUAAGCCAAAGUAGAUCGUAUCAACCAUUGGCGCAAGUGGUCUCUAUGAUCAACUUAAGCUUACGAUGCUUUUGGGAAACGUAGCCCAGCAUAGUUAUUUUAAUUGCUUGCAACUUCUGAAAUUUUGGAUUUAGCUUAAAAACUCAAGCCUAAGUUCCAAUCUUUACUAUAUUGGUAACCCCCAAAUCUCCAACAUUAUAGAAACUCUUCUAAAUCUCAGUAUAACAGAACAUUAUAUACUAACAAGUCUCCCCCUUUAUUCAUCUUGGACAUAACACAUAAAAUAACACUUAAUUUUAACAAUAACUCUCAACUUUGUUGAGGUUCUCCAUUAUUUUAAAUACAUUUACAUUUAUGCAUUUGGCAGACGCUUUUAUCCAAAGUGACUUACAGUGCACUUAUUACAGGGACAAUGCCCCUUGCUCAAUGACACAAUGGUGGUGGCUGUGGGGAUCGGACCAGUGACCUUCUGGUUAUCAGUUAUGUGCUUUAGCCCACCACGCCACCACCACCACAACAACACAUCAAAUCAAGUCUCAAAUAUUGCAUUAAAUUGAGUAAAGUUCAAAGCAUAACAUAAGUAAAAUCUGUUUAUUUCAUUGAGCAAUAUGGACUGAGGGCAGAAAUCAUGGGGUGGCUGUAGCUCAGGUUGUAGAGCAGGUCGGCCACUAAUCACAGGGUUGGCGGUUCUAUUCUUAGCCCACAUGACUCCACAUGUCGAAGUGUCCUUGGGCAAGACACUAAACCCCAAGUUGCUCCCAGUGGCAGGCUAGCACCUUGCAUGGCAGCUCUGCCGUCAUUGGUGUGUGAAUGUGAAUGACCAUUUACCAUUUUACCAUCAUUUUUUGCAGUGUUCAGUUUUUUUUUACUUGACUGUAAUAUGCACACAUGUUUAAUUUCAACCAGAUAAAAGGCCUUUGAGAUGAAUUUUCAUAUAAUUUAGUGUGAUUUAAUGUAAUAGUAACAUUUAACAAUAAUGGUUCCUUACUGUAACAAUACUUUUAAAGCAUUUUCUAAUCUUUGUUAAUAUCAACAUAUACGAAUUCAUUUUUUUAAUCAAAUGUUGUAUUUGUUAAAUGUGCACUGAGUAAGUUUUUGUUUGUGUCAUCUUGGACUUACAGUGACAUCUAGUUGUGUGGAUGCAGGAUCAUUUAAAAUCAAUAAUUUUCAGUUACAGAUGCUAUUGUAGAAAUUCACUAUUCACAGUCAGCCAUGAUUAAUUUAAUCCAAGAGUGAAAGUGUCCAAUAACAAGAUGGAUACUGAGAUUAAGCGAGUAGAAUUCAGCUGGUCAUGUGAUCCCAACACUGCUGCCCCAUGAGGGCGCCCUUGUCCCAUGUAGAAUAAAACAGCUUUUAUGACUAGAAUCCUCAUCUCAUGUGAGUGGUCUUGAUUUUAUUCAUAUGUUUCAAAGUACCAAUUCAUUUCUAUACGAGUGAAACUUUUAAAUGGGGGAAGAAAAUAACUGAGUGUACCUUUAACAUUAGUUAAUGAACUAUGAACUUGCAUGAAUUAACAAUGAACCGUUGUAUUUUAGAUGCUGUAAAAAAUAUAUUUUUAUUGUAUGUUUUAUGAUACCUAAUGCAUUUAUGUUAACGAAUAGAACUUGCAUGUAAAGUGUUGCCAAUGUGGUCUUGGCUUGUUAGCCAAGUCAAACCCAAGGACCAAUUGGACACGUGCAUUCUUUCAAAAGAGCCUCUUUAAACAUUGUUAAUUACAAUGGAAUUGGUUUAGUCAUUUAAAUUUACAUUGAAUUAUUUUAGUUCUGCAAUCCUUUACAUUUCUAUCUGCAUACAAAUAAAAAAAUCCAGCACAGUAUUUACAAUCAUCUGCCAAGAUAUGUUUCUGGAAUGCUUACAGGUUAGAGUUUAUCUUACAGACUGAAAAUGCAUUCAAGUACAUUUGAAUUUUGUGAAGUACUAAAUUAUGGCUCACCAUGUUGCCUAACUGACAAGACAGUGGUUUAAUAUUUAAUAGCCAAGGUUAGACAAACACAUCGUGUAGGAUGUGCCCUCUACCCUGCACAGUAAAUCCAAAAGUCUUAUGCAUUUGUCUGGACCGUAAAUUAAAUGCAUUAGUUAACAUUUUAUAAAGAGUGAUCGAUCGAAAACCUUUGUAAAAUAUAAUUCA